UCGGACCAAAGACCUACUAUGCUUUCUCAGCAAAAGCUACAAAACUACACAGUGCACUAACAGAAAUUAACAAAACACUCAGAAAUCUAAAAAACAAUAAAGAGGACAUGACAAAUAUAGAAGACAUAAACAAAAGUAUACAGAAAAUCAACAAACUAGCGGCAACAGGAAUCCCAACAAUUAAUGAGAAAAUAACAAAGCAAUAA